AUGGCUGUUUUUGCUUUUGCAGCACUGCUUCUCUUAGCCAUGGCUGGCCAGUCAAGUGCCAAUUGGUGUGUUUGCAAAGAGGGAUUAGGUGACGCAGUCUGGCAGAAGACGCUGGACUACGCCUGUGGAGCUGGGGCUGACUGUAACCCCAUCCAUUCAAAUGGGGGAUGCUACAACCCCAACACUGUUAAAGCUCACUGCAACUACGCUGUUAACAGCUAUUUUCAGAAGAAGGGCCAAGCUCAAGGCUCUUGUGACUUUGCUGGCACAGCAAACCCUGUUACAUCUGAUCCCAGCGUAACUGGUUGUGUUUACCCCUCUAGCGCCAGCACUGCGGGCACUACUACAACUCCUGUAACAAAUACUCCAGGAACGCCAUCCACCGGCACUGGCACUGGCACUGGCACUGGCACUGGAACCGGCACGGGCACGGGCACUGGCACUGGCACUGGCACUAGCACCGGCACCGGCACCGGUACCACAACCCCAACGACCUCCACCACUCCCACAACUGGUACUACAACGCCGACAACCACCACUCCGUACACUGCAACUCCUGGGGUAUUAGGAGGGAUUGGCACGGGCGUAGGGCCAUCAGGAGCUGGCAUCAACUCGGACGACAGCGGUGUGAUUAGACUUGUUGAUGCUAGUUUGUUUUCUUCUAUUCUAACCUUAUUCGUUUCAGGCUUGAUGCUUUGGUGGGGUUGA